AUGUGGGACAUUAAUGCUUUAGCAGAGUCAGAAACAGAAGGCAAAGAUGGAACUUCACCGAUUCUUAACCAAGCACCCUUAGUUAACUUUUCUGGCCACAAAGAUGAAGGCUAUGCUAUAGAUUGGAGUCCUGCAACCGCUGGAAGACUUCUUUCCGGGGACUGCAUGAGUAUGAUUCAUUUGUGGGAACCAGCUUCCGGUUCAUGGACAGUUGAUCCUUUUCCGUUAGCCGGACACACCGCAAGUGUUGAAGAUAUACAAUGGAGUCCAGCUGAAGCCAACGUGUUUGCGUCAUGUUCUGUGGAUGGGACUGUUGCAAUUUGGGAUGUCCGAGUUGGGAAGUCGCCUGCAUUAUCUUUCAAGGCACAUAACUCAGAUGUGAAUGUCAUCUCAUGGAACAGGCUGGCUAGUUGCAUGUUGGCGUCAGGGAGUGAUGACGGGACAUUCUCUAUCCAUGAUCUUAGAGUAAUCAAGGUACGUUGA